AUGCUCUCCGAUAAAGCGCUUACUAGCGCACUCUCCAAAACAGUACGCGAUGUCUUUCACAGCCAUGAGAAAGAUAAGUUGAGCGUACGAUUUAUCAGAACAAAAGUUGAAGAGGAAUACGAAUUGGGUGAUGGUUUCUUAAAUGAUGGAAAGUGGAAGGAUAAGAGCAAGGGGAUUAUUAAGGACGAAGUUGACAAAUUGAUGCAAGGAGAUGAUGAAGAGGAAGAGGAAGAAGAACCUCCAAAGGCAAAGAAUACCAAGAAAGCACCUGCGAAGAAAGCUGCACCAGUAGCCAAAGGAACCAAACGAGCUUCGAUUGAGAAGAAAGCACCUCCUCCAAAGAGACAGAAGAAAGAGAAAACUCCCGUUUCCGAGUCCGAACUUUCUGAGCUUGCAGAAACAGAAGUAUCAGAAAUGGAUUUCGAAAUGAGCGAAGAUGCGCCAAAAGAGAAACCGAAGAAGCAGGUCAAGAAGACUCCUGAAGCCAAUACCGAUAUUGAAGUUAGUGACAACGAAGAUGAGGUAGCGCCCAAGCCAAGUAAGAAACCAUUACAGAAAGAAGUGGUCUCUUCCAGCUCUGAAUUAUCCGACGUCGAAUCAAUCACCCAACCCAAGGCAAAAUCUCCCUACAAAUCCACAUCCGCAAAGAUGCGCGAUUCCUCAUUAUCCACCCCUCCCAAAACUGAGGAAGAACUCUCUCCAAAACCCGCCGCCAAUAAAGAUGCAGGAAACGAAUCCGAUUCCUCAGCUAUGUCCGUUCCGCUUGAUGGACCUUUAACUAGCAAAUCUCAUGCCAAAAAGUCCAAACCUAAUUCCAAAUCCAAUCCGUCAAAGUCCACCAAAGUAGCCAAAACCACCAAACCCAAAGUCGCAAAAGCAAAAUCUACAGCUGAACUCACAUCAAACGAACAACUCAUCAAAACUCUCCAAUCGCAACUCGUCAAGUGUGGAAUCCGCAAAAUCUGGGCUUUUGAAUUGAAGAAAUGCGAGACUGAGAAUGAGAAGAUUAAACACUUAAAGAAUAUGUUAACGGAGGUGGGUAUGAUCGGACGUUUUAGCGAGGGAAGAGCGAGAGAAAUCAAGGAGUUGAGAGAACUACAGGCGGAUUUGGAGGCGGUGAAAGAAGGCGAAAAAGUAUGGGGUCUGGGCAGAGGUUCGAGAAGAAGUGGGGGUGGUGGUGCUAAGGAAGAUAAGAAGAAGAGCGACAGUAGCGAGGAUGACAUCAAGAGCAAAAACGGCAGUGCUAAAGAUGAAGAUGAUGAAAGUGAGGAUGAUGAUGAAGAUAUGGAGAUUUCUGCCAGGGCCAGAAGAAAGAAUGAUUUGGCGUUUUUGGGUGAUGAGGAGAGUAGUGAUGAUGAUUGA